AAACUGAAUCCAACCGGGCCAUUUUCUUUACCCACUCCAUGAUAGCUAAUCCACCUCCACCUUAACCCACCUCAAUGGACGCCACCUCAAAACCAUCAACAUUACCAGACACUUUUGAGUUUUAAGAGACAAACACAACAUUAUUCUUAAAACCGACAACAACAACAUAUGAUAGCAUACCACCACCCAACACAACACAAGCCUUUUGGGCUGUCUUCCCUCACUCUACACAAAAUAAACAUAAUCUUCAAUGGUGACCUCGCUUUUUCUCUUCUUCAUCACUUGUCUCUCUUUUCUACAAUCCUCGUCUGCCCCUUCUCCAUCUUCUGCUUCCUUUCUGUUUGCUCUUCAAUCUCAAUGCUCCCUUGCCAUCACCCCCAAUCCUCCUCUUCAGGUGGAUGGGAAUUUCGUAGAAAGGGUUUUGUCUGGAAGGAAGAGAGUCGGUUACAUUUCUAUACUCUUUUAUGCUUCCUGGUGCCCUUUUUCACGCAGAAUGCUUUCUGAAUUUGAAAUCCUUAGUUCAAUGUUUCCUCAAGUAGAGCAUGUGGCACUUGAACAAUCAUCUGCUUUGCCAAGCUUAUAUUCGAAAUAUAGGAUCCAUAGCUUGCCUGCUAUCUUACUGGUGAACCAGACAUCUAGGGUGAGAUAUCUUGGUGCAAAAAAUCUAAACUCCAUCGUUGAAUUUUACGAGAGAAACACAGGAUUUCAGGCGAGGGAUCAUAUUGAUUCUGGUCAUCUAAGCAGUUUGAUGAGUGAUGAACAUUCAAAUGUGUCAUUCAUGGGCUUCUCCCUGAAAGAAUUGUCAAGCAGGGAACCUUACUUAGCAGUAUCUAUAUUGUUUCUCUGUUUGAGGAUCAUUCUCUUUGUCUUUCCCGAGAUUAUGCCGCAUCUCCAAGCCUUCUGGGAUUCCUACGCUCCUCGUUUGAACUUGCAAAUAUUCGGCGAGACAAGCCAAGUGAUUGGGCGUGUUCUUAAUCUUAUUGAUGUCAGGAGUGUUUGGACCAAGCUAAGACUAUGCAAAACCAGGAACUUUCAUGAAAGGGCGAGGAGUGUACGGGUUUGGGCAUCAUCUCUGGCAUCUGUUUCUCUGGGCAAGUCAUCAUCAUCAUCUGCUAGGUAAUAAUAUCAAAUCUCAUGUCCAAACUAACAAUCUUGGUGUAGUCAUUUUGAGGGUACCAAAGAGUUCACUUUUCAGAUAUAUUCCUCAAGCUGCAGUAAAUGAAGCUUGAGAACUUAGUCUUAUCUAUCUCUGUUUUGCUAAUUUUAGUAUUAGCUAAAAGAUGUUGUUGUAUGAGUUGGAUUUGGGAGAAAGCAAACAUGCAUGUAAAUUUGAGAGAAACUUCUUUGUAUAAUGUAUAUUAGUUGUCUGAAUGAAAAUAUACACACUAUGUUCAAUAAAAGUUUUUUUUUUUCCCAUACAA